CUCGCCUGGGCGGGCGGCGCCGAGCCGGGCGGUGCUGGCGACGGGGCCUCGGAGCUGCGGCCGAUCAGCGUGAGGGGCAGCUCCUCCCUGUGGAGCUCGCACUCGCUCUUCGGCUCCGAGGAACACGUGCUGCCCCCGCCGGCGCCGGGCGGCACGCCGAGCUGCAGCAUGGCGGGUUCCUUGCUGUCGCUCCAAGCGCUCCGCGACCAGCAGCGCCAGCAGGGCAGCCCAGCGCGCGGCGUGCCGCUCUCGAGCAGGCAGGCCUCCAGCCUCCUGCCGCACGCGGACGCGGUGUUGGCCGCCCUGGCCGCCGACGGGGGGCUCCCGGAGGAGAGGCUGCCGCCGCUGGCGGCGGAAGGCGGCGCUCGACCACGAGGUCCUCUCCGCCGAGCAGCUCAAGGGUGCUCGGCGCGCCCGCAAGGAGGUGGGUGA